UCUUUCUCCUGCGGAGCAGCUGGGGGUUCAAACCACUGACCUUUGGUUAACAGCUGAGCGCUUUAACCACUGUACCACCAGGGCUCCUUGAGGUAAGUGGAGAGGCCUUUUAUUUAACCUCCUCUCCAGUCUGGUUUUUUAAUACAGGUUUUAUUCUAAAAUUGGUUAUCCUGGCAGCCAAGUCAGGUUUCACAGGAUGUGGACAGAGAGUAUGAUGAGAACUAUCUGCCGUUUCACUGUUAUUAAAGUCUUCAAUUCUGAAAACAUUUAUUGAGAGCUACCUGGAAAAUAUAUAGUCCGUUCCUGGAAAUAUUCUAAAUUUUAAUUUCUGGAUCAUGCCCCAACAUCAGAGUUGUGUACUUGAGUUGUAUGGUUUUAGUCCCUUGUAGGACCCCUUUCCCUAACUUGUUCUGUGGUGCCCAGGUUCAGAUCCCUGCUAAGGUUUGUUUCACAGGUUUGACUCAUCUAAAAAAUGGGGAUUGCAGUACCUACCUCAUAGAAUUGGUGUAAGAAUUAAAUGAUGUAAUAGCUGUAAAGUGUAGAACAGUGCCUUGUACAGAAUAAGUCCUUAAUAAGUGUUAAUGACAGUGAUGACAGUAAUGAUAUGUCCCCUACAUCACUUUGUGUGCACCUUUAUAAGAGCUUACGGGAACAUUUCCCUCAGAGACGCUUCUUCACCAGUAGGACGAUGUGAAUGGAUGUAAAUCUUAUUUUUAGUGGGGAGAGGUCCUGUUCACAGGAAUCCUGUCUGGGGGCAUUUUUAUUUUCAGGCUCUCAGUUCUUCCCUCCUAAAAUUUCGUAUCCAUAUGCAGUUACUUCCUUGGCUGGGGGCAGGGGGUUUAUAUGUUAGGCAUGCUUUUCUUUUAGUCUGUAGCCUAACUCUCUACGUUAUUCUCACCAUCCAUCACCACUCUUCUCUGUUUCACUGCUCUCAGCUAAAAGGUUAGACAGUUGGGGAUUACAGGUUAAGGUCUGAUUUCCUAGCAUUGUUUUCAAUAUCUGUAUGUAUAGAUUCCACUGUUGGUCAGUUCAUUAAGGGCGUAAUUGCUUAUGGGGUACUCAGUCCUAUGUCAGGUACUAUGGGGAGAUACACAUGUAGAGGAUAUGAUCUCUGCCUCCCAAGGAGCUUGGUGAGAUUGGAUCCCUGUAAACUGUGAUCUGAUUGUUUUUUGAUUCUGUUGUCCACUGAGGACCUGAGCCCCCUUUAUAAAGGUAGUGCAGGAAGGGUUAGGUUAACACCUGUGUCGGAUACUGUCUGGUUUUACUGUAUUUUAUAACUCAGGAAACAGGAUUUGCCUGUGGUUGAUCCUCAGUCAUUUAAUAUUGAGACUUAUUUUUGAGCUGUUUUAGUCAUAGAUUCGGUGCAUUUUUCUCUUCUACUUUGCUACCUUUUAAGAAAAAGUGGACUGAGAUUCACUUCUGCCUCCCUUUAUAGGUUUUAUAAGAAGUAAGGGUACUAUUUGAUAGAGCAAAAAAUGUGAUAUGAUUCCUGGAAAAAAUAUAAGAAACAGGGUUACGUUUAAACUAAUAUCCUUUUUGCUUCAACUCUUUUGUUGAAGAUCUUUCCCAAUUCCCUUAAUCAUUGCUUUAAAUCCAGUUUCUGUGUCUAGUCUCCCCUCUAUCUGCUCCCAGCACAUCCUCUAUGGGUCUAAUGUGGCCAUAAGUCACCUGUACCUCAUUGCUCUUGGCUCAGAGUAGCAGCAUGGUGAUAAUGUUUAUUUCUUGCUGUUCCUCCUUUCUAUUCCACCAAUAUCAUACUCCCCUCACCUGCCUCCUGCUAGGCUAGAUCUUUCUUGGUCCAGGAUUUUGGGAAGCUGCUGUUGACCAGCAUGCUGCCAAUUAAGACUUGACAGGGGAAGUGAUCAGAGUGUGAAAACUAUGUGGUGGGAUACCUGGAUUCUGUACCCAUCUGUGACUUGCAGUAUGAUCCCGAUUGUUUACUUUUCUUGUAUGUUAUCUCCCAAAGUUUAAAGCUUAAUUAUCCACAUACAGAAAAAAAAAUUGAGUUCUUGGAAGCAUAGCGUUUGAGAAUACACAGUUGUCCCUAUUCUGAAUCCCUUUAGGUGGACGUCUGGGAUGCUGCUGCUGCCACUGCUGGUGCCAGAAUCCUUUUCUAAACUGGUAACUCCUAGGUUCUCACUGCUCACCUUGCUUGUGUGGGACCCAACACAGCACCAUGGAUGUUCUUAGACCUUGGUGGGAUUGGUGGGGCACACUCACCAGAUACCAGCUGGUUCUCAAAAAAUACCUUGAUUCUGAUUCCUACCAACUUUGUUCUUUAAUUCCCUUAAGGCUUUUGUGCUCUGGCCUAGAACUUUGUCAAGCUGUGUAGAACUACAGACAUGUUGCUUGGAGCAUUUGAAAUUUUUAUUUCAAGGAAGACGAAUUUGAGGGGUUAAGGAAAAGCAGAACAGUGAUAAGUCAGUGAUUUUGCUUUGUGUGACCUUGGCACAUCCCUUCCCCUCUCAUGGUCUCAUUUUCUCUCUGUCAGCAAAGGAAAGUAAUACUGAUUCUGCUUCUCUGGGGCAUGGGAAACAUUCUGUGGGUACAUGAGAUAUGUGUAAGUUCUUUCACAAACAUUAACUAGUACCGCAUCUGCUGGGUGGAGAAGGAUGUAGUGCUGAGCGGCUUUGAUUAAGGGUACUAAUGAUAUGCUAGAUCCUAAGAUCUCGACUGCUAAUUCCUAGCCUUGUGGUCAGGUGCCAGAGAAGAGACCAAGAACCCCUCACCUAUCUUUUCUCCAUUGCUAAGCUUUUUCAGAUUUCUUCCUGAGUGUUUUAUGGUCUCUGUUUCUUCCUUCAGGUAGAAUGGAAGAAUCUCACUUCAAUUCUAACCCGUACUUCUGGCCUUCUAUCCCCACAGUCUCGGGACAGAUUGAGAACACAAUGUUCAUCAAUAAGAUGAAAGAUCAGCUGUUGCCAGAGAAGGGCUGUGGACUGGCUCCACCUCACUACCCCACCUUGCUGACAGUGCCUGCCUCAGUGUCCCUGCCCUCAGGCAUCAGUAUGGACACAGAAUCCAAGUCAGACCAGCUGACCCCACACAGCCAGGCGUCCGUUACCCAGAAUAUCACGGUCGUCCCUGUGCCGUCUGCAGGACUGGUGACUCCUGGAGUCUCCUGUUCUCAGAGGUGGAGAAGAGAAGGGAGUCAAUCAAGGGGUCCAGGUUUGGUAAUCACGUCCCCCUCAGGCUCUCUUGUGACCACAGCCUCAUCAGCUCAGACCUUCCCCAUUUCGGCUCCCAUGAUUGUCUCCGCUCUUCCCCCUGGCUCACAAGCCCUGCAGGUGGUCCCUGACCUCUCCAAGAAGGUAGCAUCAACCCUAACAGAGGAAGGAGGCGGAGGUGGUGGUGGAGGUGGCAGUGUGGCUCCUAAGGCCCCCCGAGGCCGAAAGAAGAAGCGGAUGCUGGAAUCAGGGCUUCCUGAGAUGAAUGACCCUUAUGUCCUCUCCCCUGAGGAUGAUGAUGACCAUCAGAAAGACGGCAAGACCUACAGGUGCCGGAUGUGCUCACUGACAUUCUACUCAAAGUCGGAGAUGCAGAUCCACUCCAAGUCACACACCGAGACCAAGCCCCACAAGUGCCCACAUUGUUCCAAGACCUUCGCCAACAGCUCCUACCUGGCCCAGCACAUCCGAAUACACUCAGGGGCUAAACCCUACAGUUGUAACUUCUGUGAGAAAUCCUUCCGCCAGCUCUCCCACCUUCAGCAGCACACCCGGAUCCACUCCAAGAUGCAUACGGAGACCAUCAAGCCCCACAAGUGCCCGCACUGCUCCAAGACCUUCGCCAACACCUCCUACCUGGCCCAGCACCUCCGUAUCCACUCGGGGGCCAAGCCUUACAACUGUUCCUACUGCCAGAAGGCCUUCCGCCAGCUCUCCCACCUCCAGCAGCACACACGAAUCCAUACCGGUGAUAGACCAUACAAAUGUGCACAUCCAGGCUGUGAAAAAGCCUUCACACAGCUCUCCAAUCUGCAGUCCCACAGGCGGCAGCACAACAAAGAUAAACCCUACAAGUGCCACAACUGUCAUCGGGCGUACACAGACGCAGCUUCACUAGAGGUGCACCUCUCUACACACACAGUGAAGCAUGCCAAGGUGUACACCUGCACUAUCUGUAGUCGGGCAUAUACAUCGGAAACAUACCUUAUGAAACAUAUGCGCAAACACAACCCUCCUGAUCUCCAGCAACAAGUGCAGGCGGCAGCAGCGGCAGCGGCAGUGGCCCAGGCGCAGGCUCAGGCCCAGGCCCAGGCUCAAGCUCAAGCUCAGGCUCAAGCUCAGGCUCAAGCUCAAGCCCAGGCCCAGGCCUCCCAGGCAUCGCAGCAGCAGCAGCCACAGCCACCACACUUCCAGUCCCCUGGAGCAGCCCCCCAAGGUGGAGGUGGUGGGGACAGUAAUCCCAACCCUCCACCUCAGUGUUCCUUUGACCUGACCCCCUAUAAGACAGCGGAGCAUCAUAAGGACAUCUGCCUCACUGUCACCACCAGCACCAUCCAGGUGGAGCACCUGGCCACCUCUUAGAGACCUGUGCUGCCACCCACUGGGAAGAGGGGAAAGAAGUUCUGGUCCCUUCUUUCUCCAACUCCUCUUGGUGGGAAAAGUCCUGUUCUUCCUUGACAGGCCUUGGCUCCAACUCCUUAGGCCUCAGGCAUGGCCUUCUGUCACAAGAUGCCAUCUUUAUUCCUGACUCUUCAAAAGGAACAUCAGCCCUCCUGACUGGCAAAGGAAUACUGAGCUGGUAGUAUAAUCCAGCAGCCUCCCCUCCCAAGCAUAGCUUUUUAAAAUUGGGGUUUGGUGCUCAAGGGAGGGAUUUACUAUGACCUCAUAGAAACUUGUCCAUUGUAGGCACUUACCCUCUCCUUAACCCUCCUCAUCCUCAAAGUUUGGGCUGAUAGAAGGCUAGAGGCUGGCCCUCCCAGAUACCAGAGAGAAGGGAGCCCUAAUCCAACCAGCCUCCUGUUCUGUUCUUGCUUGCAGAAGAACAGAGGUUUCUCACAUGCCCCUACCCUUGGGAGCCAUUUCUUCCCCUAAAUGGUCUCACUUCACUUCCUACCUAAUACUGGAGGAAGGAGGUUUGGGUGGGGAUCAGACCUCCCUUUAUUUAUAAGAGGGCAAGGGCUGAGAUGUGGUCCCCAAGGGGCCAGAGAUUCCCAAGGCGGUCAAGGGUGGCUUAGAAGUGUGGGUUAUGGUUUUCCUUGGAGCCUGCCUCCCCCUUCUCUGUCAACCAAGGCCGUGUACCCUCAGGCUCCCCAUCCCAGACCUCAAGGAGCUGUGGGAGCUUUGUGUUCUCUAUGAAACCCCAAAAGCAGGGGUGUUGCAGAGAAGGGAGAGUUCAGGGCAAACACAAGGACUGGACUUAACUCCCUAAGUGCCACGGUCAGUUGCCGGACACGGAUUUAUAUAUAA